AAACGUUUCUUCAGAAAGAAAAACCAAGUGUGAGAUUGUUUCUUAGUUUUGUAGCACUUUUUUACAGAUUGGGCACCAAUGGCUUAGCCGAUUAGAUUUUCCCCUCUCAAGUGGCCGGCACACUUGGCCGGAGCGCCCGUGAACCAAAAUACAAGAUUGAGUUCCAUUCUGAAGACUCUCCCUACCAUCCCGAUGAUGAUCAGGAGUCUGUUGUUAUGCCUAAUAAAGAUGGAAAGAAUUUUUUAUGUUUAUUGCCUAAGGUGGAGAACGCGAGGACCCUAAAUUCUGUUACUCAGAAGAACACUAGUAGCAUGAUUGUAGAAUCCGAAAAACGGGUUAAACUAAAGACACCUGAUGAACUGCUGGAAGUACUGAAAGAUCGAUGCUUUAUCAGACAAGAAGGUUGGUGGUCCUAUGAAUUUUGCUAUAAAAAGCAGUUGCGGCAACUACAUGUUGAAGAUGAAAAGGAAUUUGUCUUGGGUGUAUAUGAUGAAGAGGCAAGUGCUGCUUUCAACCAGAAUCUCUCCGACUUCUCCACAUUAAAAGAUCCUCGCUCGAACUAUGCGUCGCAAAGGUAUCAUGCUCAUCAAUAUACUAGUGGAACCCUAUGUGAUCUUACUAAUCAGCCCCGAGAAACCAAGGUGAGAUUCGUCUGCUCGGAGCCGAGGGCAAUAAUUAGUUCAAUCAUGGAGUUAUCUACAUGCAAAUAUGCACUUACUAUUCAAGUAUGCUAUGCAAACACCCGUGAGUCUCCCUCUCUGUAGCUCCAAAUCCUGUGUCUAAAACCAAAGACAGAUGCAUGAUUUUAUGUUAGGGGAUGCCAACUUCAGAAGUUAUAAUAGAAAUUUAGGAGGUGCAAAAUUAUAAAAUUUCAGGGGGUGUGAAAUUAGAUCAUCAAUAGAAAAUACAAAUAAGAUACCUGGUCCAUCCCUGUUCAGAACAAUUGAUGCUAGUUUCUUACAGCCGAUUGUGCCUCUUGGAAAAAUCAAAGAUAUGCCAACAUGAGAAAAAGGAUUGUUGCAUAAUCUUUUUCUAUUAUAGGUUAUUCCUAGAGGAGAGACCUGUGUGGCACACGAUUAACUGCAAUGCCCUUCCAAAGGUUUACAAGGACACCAUUACCAAGGUUGAGGACACACACAUUAGUAUGAUCAUGGACUCGGAAGAUCAAUCGAAUAAUUAUGAUUCGAGCGAAUGAAUUCCAUCGAUCUUCAUAGAUUUUAGCCUUGACAAAGUACAAUCAAUGUAUCAAAUUGAAGGAUUGCCAAUACUCUAUUUUCUCUUCUCUUCCCAAAACACAUUCUUUGUAUUUGUUCAGAAU